AUGCCAACAACAACUCAUCAUCAUAAUCAUUCUCAUGCUUCAACCAUGUUGAAACAAACAAAAAAUAUUAAUGAUAAUAAUAACAACAACAAUUACUCCUCUUCCACAGACAGACAACCCCCUCAUUGUUCACCAACAAAUAACUAUAACAUUUCAUUUACAACAAAUAUUAAUAAUCAUAAUAUCACAACAAACAAUAACAACAUUACAAUCUUUACCAAUCACUCCAAUCCACAAUCCUCAUUCACCAAUCAAUCAUUCAUUCAUCACCAAUCCGCUAGUCAGUCGCCCGUCCCAAAUCCAGUGAUCAAGAAUACCAGUUUCCAAGCAACAAUCACCCCCAUUCGUACAAUAAUCAUUAGUCUCUUCAACUCUUUUGAUAUUCAAUUACUUUUACCCAGUGGUUUCCCAGGUUCGCCCCCGUAUUAUUCUUUUACCCGCCAAAUCAAUAUUAUUAUUCUGACGAAUUUAAAAUUAAUUAAUUCAUCAUCAGAAUUUACUUAUAUUUCUAUCUCUUUCCACCAUCCUCUAUCGGUCCUCUAUCCAUCCACUAUCCAUCUAUCCACCAUUCAUCCAUCCAUCUAUCCAUCAUCCAUUCAUACAUCUAUCCAUCUAUCCAUCUAUCCAUCCAUCUUUCCACCAUCCACUAUCCAUCCAUCCAUCCAUCCAUCCAUCCAUCCAUCAUCCUCUGUCCAUUCAUCCAUCUAUCCACCAUCCAUUCAUCUAUCCAUCAUCCAUCCAUCUAUCCAUCCACCAUCCAUCUAUCCAUCAUCCAUUCGCCAUCCAUCUAUCCAUCAUCCAUCCAUCCAUCCAUCUAUCAACCAUCCAUCCAUCAUCCUUUAUCCAUUCAUCCAUCCAUCCAUCCAUCCAUCUAUCCACCAUAUAUCCAACCAUCCAUCCAUCUAUCCAUCCACCAUCCACCAUCCAUCAUCCAUCCAUCUAUCCACCAUCAUCCUUUCACCAUUCAUCCGCCAUCCAUUCAUCAUCCAUUAA